UCCAAUUUGAGGCAGCUUGGGCCCUUACCAAUAUCGCCUCUAGGACCUCUGAGCAGACCAAGGCUGUAGUGGAGGGGUGUGCAAUCCCUGCUAAUAGUAAUAGUUCAUUCAGGCUUUGUUUUAGGUCAGAUGCACUUCCCAUGCACUUCUGGUGUACAUUUGAUCUCUUCACAGUUAAUUAUUUUCUAUCCAUUGCUCCUCUUUAGCCCAGCUACUGAAGGAAUGUCACCUGGACUCUCUCAAACCUGUGCCAAAAUAAAGAUCCAGCCCCACCGAUGGCUGUAGUUGAGAUGUUGCUGCCUGUGCUGCUCCAUCUGCUUCAGCAUGAUAAUAGAGAGGUGCUGGCUGACACUUGCUGGGCCAUUUCUUACCUAACUGAUGGGCUCAAUGAGUGCAUUGCUGGUCUUGUGGCUCGUUUGGGGCAGCUCCUUGGAUGUGGGGAUAUCGCUAUUGUGGUGGAAAAAGGUCUGAUCACUGACAAUGAUGAAAGAGCCUACAGAGAGAGACUGACACGCUGGUGUCAGGAGCACAGCCUCUCCCUCAACAUCAGCAAGACCAAGGAGCCUGUGGUGGACUUCAGGAGAAAAGACAGAGAACACAGCCCCAUCACCAUCAAUGGAGCACCGGUGGAGAGAGUCAGCAACUUCAAGUUCCUCGGUGUCCACAUCACUGAGGAACUCACAUGGUCUGGCCACACUGAGGCCGUUGUGAAGAAGGCUCACCAGCGCCUCUUCUUCCUGAGACGGCUGAGGAAGUUUGGAAUGAACCAACACAUCCUCACACGGUUCUACACCAGCACUGAAGAGAGCAUCCUGACUGGCUGCAUCACUGCCUGGAACGGCAACAGCAACGCCCUCAAUCACAAAGCCCUGCAAAGAGUGGUGCGAACAGCCAGACACAUCAUCGGAGGUGAGCUUCCCUCCCUCCAGGAGAUCUACACCAGGCGGUGUGUGAGAAAAGCUCGGAGAAUCAUCGGAGACUCCAGCCACCCUAGCCAUAAUAAUAAUUAAUAAUAAUUACAUUUAUAUAGUGCUUUUCUAGGCACUCAAAGCGCUUUACGUAGUAUAUAGGAAUCUCCUCAACCACCACCAGUGUGCAGCAUCCACCUGGAUGAUGCGACGGCAGCCAUAGUGCGCCACGGGUCCAUGUUGUCAUUAUUGCCAUGAGAGACUUGCACAACUUAUAGUGGGAUGGGUUGUCACAGCACUGUUGUGAAGACAUGCAGGGCAUUCACUGAUAGGCGUGAAUCCGUGAGCGCUGAAUGUCGUGCGUAAUUAAAAGAAAUUCCACCAAUGAUGCAAGUUAUAACAUCCAUGUAACACCAUAAAUUAUAUAUAUAUAAAUAUAUAUAUAAAUAAUUUUUUUCUUCUUCUUAAAUCAUCCCGUGGGCCACAUGUUUGACACCCUUGCUCUAUACAGAAAAUAAAGAGAUUUCUGGAUCACCUUUUUGAAUAUUUUCUUUCGAUAAUGGCCAUAUAUUAUAAAAUGGUUAUAAUUUGAGACAUUGAAAACUAAUACAAAUAUGAAUGUCGGGGCCUGGGUAGCUCAGUGGUAAAGACGCUGGCUACCUUCCUCUGGAGUUCGCAAGUUCAAAUCCCAGGGCGUGCUGAGUGACUCCAGCCAGGUCUCUUAAGCACCCAAAUUGGCCCGGUUGCUAGGGAGGGUAGAGUCACAUGGGGUAACCUCCUCAUGGUCGCUAUAGUGGGGCGUGUGGUGAGUUGAGUGUGGAUGGCAUUAAGCCUCCACAUGCGCUAUGUCUCUGGGAUUCGUCCUCCACCACCCGCAUUGAGGCGAAUCACUACGCGACCAUGAGGACUUAAAAGCACAUUGGGAAUUGGGCAUUCCAAAUUGGGAGAAAAAGAAAAAAAAAAGAUGAAUGUCAUCUUGAGGGGGGCCACAUUUGCAAUCAAAUCGUAAAUAAUUUACAGGGAACCCAGCUGAAACUCCACUUGCAGUGCUGCCUCUGCUACACACCGCAUAUGACAAAAAAAAGUUCUAAAUGAGAAUCCUAACAUCUGGUUUGUAUUUCCAGAGCUUCUUGUUGUCAGUGGUGUAUCCAGGACAUUUUUACUGGGGUGGCCAAGAUGGGGCACAGGCCUAGUGUGGGGUGGCGAUACCGGGAGAACAUUUAUGAAUGGCACAUGAUCAAAAUUUGUAAAUAUCGCAUUGCUAUGCUUCAACUGUACGUGAACACAGAUGCUGGGGUAUUUGGCAGAGAGAAAUUCCUACAUGCAUGACAGUAGGCAGAGUCUUGGCUUUGAGAAUAUUCAAGCCAUGGAUACUGUUUAUACCGGACACUCUGGAAGCACCUCUUCCUGUUACCUUGCAGUGUCCGAGGAAAUACUUUCAGAUGAGGCUGUGUUGGACUUGCUGCUCUAGACUGUGAAACAUCUGCAAAUAAUAAUCAAAAUCAGUCCAUCACUGUGAGGCUAACUGGUGCAAUGUAUCAAUGCAUUGUUACAUCAUUUUAUAAGGCAUGUCAUAUAAGCAAGAAUGUAACAUUCAAAUUACAUUCAAAAGGAUUAGUUACAAAGUAAGUAACAGUCAGUAUUACAACUUGUUCUGUGAUAAUUGCAUAGAAGGCACUCAUAAUGUUGUUUAGACUGAAAGAUUAAAUGUCAAAACAUACCGUGAGGUCUGAGUGGGGCAGCAUGUGCUUUUAUAGCCUGAAGAGCCUCUUCAUCAAUGGCAUCAACAUCACCUCUUGUAAUGUCAUUAGAAUCACUUCCCCCACUAGAUGAAGAACCUGAAGUGAUAAAAAUAAUAACCAUCACAUUCAUAGUUUGCUCAUGGACACAUCGAUGUGACUUUUCUUCCUGUAUCUUUUUAUAUUCUGAAUUGAGAUAUUAAUAAUAUUGUGUAUGCUAAAGUGUGGGUUUGCUCUGUAUUAGCAAAUGAAUAUCAUACACUGAGCAAAAGUGGAUCACCCUUUUUAAAUUAAAUCAAAUAUGAGCACAAAAAAACAAGUAACUAUUCAUGGAACUCAGAAAAGGAAGCAACUGAAUUUGACAUACUAUUGUGAGGUGAAGCAGGUGGUGCUCCAGACACUCCUGGAUCACACUCAUCUCCCACAACUUUCUGUUGUGAAUGUGGCCAGUCAACUAAAGUUGAAGCUGCAGUGUCUGAAUACAAAGAGACAUCAGGUUGGAGGCUUUUCUAUAUGUCUUUUGCUUUGUACACUCUCUCUUUCUCUGCAUUGCCGGUGGAGUUAGGAUGAUAUUUGUGUGUGAUGAUUUAUAUUAAAACUAUUUUUAAUCUUCUGCUGCAGCGAUAUUUGAUCAUAUGAUUGUACCUGAGUGACAACUUGAAUGUUAAAGUACAUGGCAAAUUCAUAUAUGUUCAUCCAGAAGUCACAGGGUAUAUCUAAACAUGACUUAAUGUGCUGUGCAGGGGGAGCUGACUGAUCACUGCUGUAUCCAGGCAGUGAGUGGGCUUUUCCACUGCUGCUGGAAGUAGCUGCAUCUGGUUCUGACUCUUUUCUUUUUUUGAAGAAAAAGAUUUGAAAAUCUUUGGUUCUGUUCAUAGCCGUUAUCCUGGGGGAAAUGCAUUUCAAUCAAUCAUUCAUCAAUUAUUCAUUCAUUUAUUAGUUAUAACUGCACUGUCCAGCAGAAAUAUUGUUAAAUUGGGUACGAGGGCUUAUAGGUGUCUGUCUGGAAACCCCAAAAUUGCAGAUUGAGCUCUGUAUACAGUAAAAAACAAAACUCUAUUUACAGUGUCUACACAGGUUUAUUUUCCACAUGUUCUGAUAGCUUCAAUUACUUUGAAUAUUACCAAAUAAAAUAGUUAGUCAAAUCAUUUGCGGCAUUUAAGUGCAAUUUGCCCUGCCUCUGCAUAUUUAAAAUGUCAAAUAAGGUAUAAAAACUUUGAAGAUUUUAUUGGUCUGACUGACCAAUAAUACACAUAAAGAGCUCAUAAAUAACUCAUGUAAAGAUUUAAAGUACAGUCACAGCACAAACUCUUCCAUUUCACACACAGGUUAGCCAUAUAUAACUUUAGCUAUUGAACAUAUACAUCUGUAAAACGCUUUACACACGUCCAUCAUUAAAUCAGAAAACAUGGCAUUUCAUAUUUCAUGUCAAUAUCAAGAUAACAUGCUGAAUGUGGUGUAGGGUCUAGCUUACUCUUUAACCUAGCUACUGUUAACAUGCUACAUGAAUGUUUUCACAUUCAGAUGGAAAUUUGGGAUAAAUUAAACGUUAGAUUAGAUGAACGUACCUCUCAAUUAACAGCUUUCUUUUUGACCACAAAUCGACGUCAUCAACUCCUUGGAAGUUGGAGGUAGAUGCUAGCUCAUGUCAGCUUCGUGCUUCUGACCGACCGUUAUGCCCGCUGUCUGCGACCUGCCCCUUCCCCCACUGACCAAAGAUCAGCUCACACAGCUUCAGUCCCACCACUACUAUAAUGGUCAGAAAUAUAAAACUGACCCUGGGUCAGUGUGGCUCUAAAUCAACAAAUUACCUGAGAUGUCAUCUUUGAUUGACAGGUGUUUCUCUUGGUUCAUCGUUCUUGUGUUGAUGAACAUGAUGAACUACCAAUCAGUUCUGGGGUGGCCACAGGGUGGCCAAUGAGAUUUCAGGGGUGGCCCAGGCCACCCCAGGCCACCCCCUAAAAUCGCCACUGCUUGUCAUGUCUGAUAAGAUCAAUUUAU